CUCCACCCGCAAGACUCAAGAAGCUAGGCGUUGCGCCACUGGUUGACAAGAGCGCGCGCUCACGGUCCCCGACAGCAAGAGGUUGGAGUCGACGGUUGUUAUGGAUUUAAAUCACCUGUGUUGCGUCACCGAUUUUUAGACAUCUCUACACCUUCGCACCAAUUCCAGCCACAGGUAAAGCAUUCCUGGUCCAGCAGUUUCCCAGCUGUGAGUCUCGGAGCCAUGAAGAAGACUGUGGUAUACACCCACGUGCCUGGCAAGGAGAAACAAGUUGAUAUUAUCAACAUCAAGGGCAUCGAGGAUAUAGGAUAUGUCCAGCAGGAACCUAUACUCCUGAACUCACUCACACCAGAGGAGAACACACGAUGCCAGCACGGACUGUACUUCCAGGACGGGGAGAGGAGGGUGGACUACAUCCUUUCCUACCAGGUCAAAAAGCCCCACAGCUCGCACCGCCAGGCCUCCCGCCUCACAGACAACGCCCUCACACGCAGCCUGCGACGCGGCAGGGCACAUGCGCCCUCGUCCUCCUCGUCUGGCACCCGCGGAGGAGGUGACCUUGAGGCUGGAGCCCAGAACCAGGACCAGAACCAGGAUUGCCACGAGGAUGAUAAGAGGGUCAGGAGAGAAGAGUUUGAAGGCAACCUGAGAGAAAUGGGUCUGGAGCUGGAGAAGGAGGAGGAUAGCAGGACUCCUGGUAUUGGCUUCGUGAAGAUCCAUGCUCCAUGGAACAUCUUGUGUCGCGAGGCGGAAUUCAUGAAGCUAAAGAUGCCCACGAAAAAAGUGUAUGAGAUAAAGCAAGGCAGCAGUGUGUUGGAGAAGAUCAACACGUUGAUCAGCAAGGCCUCUGAACCUCUACACCCCAAUGUAGACGAGACCCAGACACACAACAUCAAGCACCUGUCCUAUACCUUCUCCAGGGAAAAGCAACACCUGUUUGAUCUGUCCGACAGAGACUCCUUCUUUGACAGUAAAACAAGAAGUUCCAUUGUUUUUGAAGUAUUAAAACGUACAAAAUGCACCAAGGCCAAGUAUAGUAUGGGCAUCACCAGUCUGCUAGGCCGCGGAGUCUACACUGCAGCCUACCCUCUGCAUGAUGGAGAUAUAGAAGGAGAUGCAGAGCCCAAUGACAGGAAGCUCUUGUAUGAGGAGUGGGCCAGUUACAGUGUAUUUUACAAGUACCAGCCCAUCGGCCUGGUCAGGAAGUAUUUUGGGGAGAAGAUCGGCCUGUACUUUGCCUGGCUGGGCCUCUACACCCAGAUGCUGAUUCCCGCCUCUGUGGUUGGUGUCAUUGUCUUCCUGUACGGCUGUGCCACCGUCAACGACAACAUUCCCAGCAUGGAGAUCUGCCACAGUAACAACAACAUCACCAUGUGCCCACUGUGUGACCAGGUGUGCAGCUACUGGGACCUGAGCACAGCCUGUGCCACAGCCAGGGCCAGCCAUCUUUUUGACAACCCCGCCACUGUCUUCUUCUCCAUCUUCAUGGCUCUCUGGGCGGCCAUGUUUAUGGAGCACUGGAAGAGGAGGCAGAUGAGGCUGAACUAUGAGUGGGACCUGACGGGCUUCGAGGAGGAGGAGGAAGCCCUCAAGGACCACCCACGGGCUGAGUAUGAGUUCUGUGUCAUGCAGAAGUCUCUGAGGAAAGAACACCAAACACAGAAGAAGUCCUGUGAGGUAGCUGAGGACCCAACAAACAAAUGGAAGCAGACAGUUCAGUGUGCCAUGGCAGGGCUGAAGCGGGCAGAGAAGGAGAAGCUAACGUGCAGAGACCGCUUUCCCGCCUACAUGACCAACAUUGUCAUGAUGCUUCUAAUGAUAGGGGUUACCUUUGCGAUCGUGUUCGGAGUGAUCCUGUAUCGUAUCUCCACCACGGCGGCACUUCAGAUCAGCCCCAACCCCAUCACGCGGUCCAAUGUGCGUCUGACCGUCAAGACUACAGCAGCCAUCAUCAACCUAGUGGUCAUCCUCAUCCUGGACGAGGUCUAUGGAGCUGUCGCCCGCUGGCUCACUGUGCUAGAGGUUCCAAAAACAGAUAAGAGCUUUGAGGAAAGGCUGAUCUUCAAAACCUUUAUUCUGAAGUUUGUCAACGCCUUCACCCCAAUCAUAUACAUUGCUUUCUUCAGAGGCAGGCUGGUUGGUCGCCCUGGGAGUUACCUUUAUGUGUUUGAAUCUUACCGUAUGGAGGAGUGUGCUCACGGAGGCUGUCUGAUGGAGCUGUGUAUUCAGCUCAGUAUCACCAUGUUGGGAAAACAGCUCAUACAGAACAAUUUGUUUGAGAUCGGCAUCCCCAAGCUGAAGAAGCUCAUCAGGUACAUCAAGUCCAAAAGGACAGCCUUCCAGGAGGAGGAGAGGGAGAUGAGGCUACAGCGCUAUGAGACAGACAACUUCCUGGAACCCUUUGCUGGCCUCACCCCGGAGUACAUGGAGAUGCUGAUUCAGUUUGGCUUUGUGACUCUGUUUGUGGCGUCCUUCCCUCUUGCGCCUCUCUUCGCUCUGCUCAACAACAUCAUCGAGAUUCGCCUAGACGCCAAGAAGUUUGUGGCCGAGUUGAGGAGACCGGUAGCGGCCCGGGCCAAAGACAUUGGAAUAUGGUACAACAUCCUCAGAGGAGUGGCCAAAGUAGCCGUCAUCAUUAACGCAUUUGUGAUCUCAUUCACCUCAGACUUCAUCCCUAGGCUUGUGUACCAGUAUAUGUACAGUCCAGACGGCUCCAUGCAUGGGUUUGUAAACCACACACUCUCCUACUUCAACGUCAGCCACUUCCAGGAAGGCAAGGAGCCCAGUGAUCCAGAGAACCACCAAGUGUAUAUCUGCAGGUAUAAAGACUACAGAGACCCCCCAUGGUCCUCCACACCUUAUGAGAUCUCCAAAGAGUUCUGGGCCGUGUUGGCAGUCAGACUGGCCUUUGUCAUCGUCUUCCAGAACGUGGUGAUGUUGAUGAGUGACAUUGUGGACUGGCUGAUACCAGACAUCCCCAAGGACAUCAGCCUUCAGAUCCACAAGGAGAAGAUCCUGAUGGUGGAGCUCUUCAUGAGGGAGGAGCAGGGCAAGAUGCAGGUGCUGGAACGCAUGACCCCUAGUGGCAGGAAGGACAAUGGCAGCAACAACCACAGUCCCCAGCCCCGCCCACGCUCCUUCCCACACAGCAACACUAAUAACUUCUAGUGGUUAGCUAGCAUGUUAACAUUUUAGCUAGACAGUUAGUUAGCUUGUUAGCUUAACAGCUUAUUAGCUUGACAGCUAUCUAACGUGUUAGCUAGACAGCUAGUUAGCAGAGGUUUCCGUCUUAAGCUCUGUGUCCUUAUCCUUGUCCAGACAUUCCAGUGAAUAGGAGAGGUGCUCCAACAGGGGAGUUGAGGUUGAUAUAGGAGAGCCUGUCCCAGUGCACACUGCCUUUUUUGUCAAUAAACUUUUCCAUAAGUUACAAACUGCCAAGCUAAGGCCCAGUUUAUACAGCUUUGCCUUUGAGGUCUAUCAUCAGGUUUUUCAUCGAGGGGUGGACCAUGUUCUAAAAAGGAGGAUGAACAAAAAGAGAGAGAAUGGUUGUUUCCACUUUCUAUUGCACAAAGUCGUUAUGAAUACUUUUGUAACAAUAUGUCUGGCAUCAAAGGUAUUUCUGUAUGUUGUUUAUUCUUCUCUUUAAGAAUGGUAAAGAGAAUUCUCUUUAUAUAGUACAUUUUACAUGAGACCUUUUUAGUAGUAACUUACAGUCACUGUGCAAAUAAACAUGUUCAGGCUUAUCUUUUUAGUAUUUUUUUUUUUAAAUCAAGUUUGAUGCUUUUAGUCAAGUUUAAUGCAAAGUUUUUCUUCAUGUAGCAAAUUUGUUCAGACAACUUUUCUUUCUAUAGGUUUUAUGAUUUGGGAUAAAAACAAUUUUUCUCUUGCAUCAAAUUGAUGAAAUCAUAAAAGGGGAUUAUAUCGGUUUGUGCAUAGAACAAAUUAUAGAUGGUUCUUUAUCUUAAUGGGUGAAAGUUUGUUUGUAUGUCAUUGAUAGCCUAUAUGAAUGUCCUAAUACAUUUAUCAAGCCAAUUUAGUAAAGUAGCAUCAAGACAACUCCUGUAAAUGUUUUUAUAGUUGAAUAAUUGUGUUUUAUAGCAUCAUGGUCUCCAGUAUUCUGCACUGAUCUAACACUUCCUGGCCAAAGUUUUCAGUGUCUUGCCAGAUACACAGACUCAAAUCAUGUUCAUGUUGUCUCAUUUCAUCCGUAUUCUUAAGCCCAUACAAUCAUAGAAAACAAUUUGCAUUAAAUAAGUCAGCUGUUUAUUGUUGUUUACUCAGCAACACCCUGAGUAGAUUUAGAUUCAGCAGACGCUCUUAUCCAGAGCGACUUACAGUAAGUACAGGGACAUUCCCCCCGAGGCAAGUAGGGUGAA